CCAAGAUCAUAUCAAUUCAUCGCCUUUCUCUCAGUACCCACAACCUCAAAUAAGGAACCUUCCAUACGAUUCCGACUGUCUCUCUAAGUAGAUGUCCCAACCUGACGUCUCUUACAGUCAGAGUCUGCCUCGACUGUGGUUCUUGUGGGUUCCCAUUGAACUUGACAUCCUCCAACCGAAUCACUUCGACCAUAGCUUCUUCCGGAUAUCGUCGAUCCAUAAAGAAAGGAGCUGCCGCGAGAUUCUGGCAGUUAAGAUUUCUUGGUGCAAGGGAGUGACUGGCAAAGGCUUCGAAGGAUGUUCAUCUACUCUAUGCUACAUAGAUGCUGAAAACUGCAAUCUUGAGCGAGAACGAAUAUCAUGUAUUGUCAGUGGAGGUGGGAUCGAGUACUUGAACCUCUAUGGUGUGAACUUUCAUGGAGGUGCGUUGGCAGAAAUCGGUUCAGGGUUUGCCUCGAAGCUCAAGAUUCUGAACCUGGGGUUAUGCAGGACCAUAGGGGAUGAAUCAAUAAUGGCGAUAGCCAGAGGUUGCCCCUUGCUUAAGGAGUGGAACUUAUCAUUGUGUCAUGAGGUUCGGUUUGCAGGGUGGGAGGCCAUCGGGGCGAACUGCAACGAGCUAGAGAGGCUCCAUGUGAAUCGGUGUCGUAAUCUCUGUGAUUCGGGAUUGCAGGGUUUGAGGCAAGGAUGCCGGAGACUGCAGGUACUGUACAUUGGCCGGGCCGGCGGCAGACUCACUUCCACUGCGCUGGAAUUGUUCAAAAUGGUUAGAGGUCGAGUUGAGGUUAGACAUGAAGAGAUGUAUCAUGACCGCUGUUGCUCUGUCGCCGGAGCUCACUGGACUCGAUUUGACAACAAGAAGUUCGAGCAAGCUUUGGUUUUGUUCCCUGACGACUCCCCAGACCGAUGGCUGAGAAUCGCUGAUCAUGUCGGCCGCUCGGCGGUGGAGCAUUACAACCUCUUGGUGAGCGAUGUUUAUGACAUUGAUUCCGGCAGAGUCGACUUGCCGACUUACUUCGACGACUCGUCGUUUGUCGACGGAGACGAUUCCGGGCAGAUUUCAUUCGGCGGCGGUGGGAAGGUUGUUUCUGAUCGGGUUAAGGAAAUACGCAAGGGAGAUUGGAGGAGCAUCUCGGGGAACAUAGUGGUGACGAGAACUCCGACGCAAGUCGCCAGCCACGCCCAGAAGUACUUCCUUCGACAGAGCUCGGUGAAGAAAGAGAGGAAGAGAUCGAGCAUCCACGACAUCACCAAUGUCGAUAAUCACAACUCCGUCGCCCUUCCGAUUAUCGAUCAGAGGAGGCUUCCUCGCCAUUCUCCUAAUGCCGAUAUGAGCGGCGGCGGAGCUAGUGGUGGGGUUAGGGUUUCAAUCCCCGGCAGCGUCAGGAAGACGAUCCAGAACAUUAAGGAGAUCACAGGGAAUCACAGUGAUGAAGAAAUUUACGCAAUGCUCAAGGAGUGUUCUAUGGAUCCCAACGAAACCACCCAGAAGCUCCUCCUUGUCGACCCGUUUCAUGAAGUCAAAAGGAAGCGCGACAAAAAGAAAGAGAAUGUUAAUAAUAAAGAGGCAGGAGAUUCUCGGUGGAGAUCAGGCACCCAAGGGCGGGGGAGUAGGGGUGGUCGGAUGAACUAUACUCGUUAUUCCUCUCAUGAUGGAGGUAGUGGCCGAGCUCCUAUCCCUGGAAGGGAAAGUAGUACUAGCCAACCUGCAGAGAAAGGUGUUGGCUCAUCAGCACCAGCUUCCCAGGAGAAAAGUAAAGACACAACUACCCCUGAAAGUUCUGUUGCUGUUGUCGCCAAUGGUCCUAUUGGCUUAGCUUCUGGCGCUGCUAGUGAAGCAAGGGAGCCAACUGCUGCCAAUAAAACCCCUGUAGUUGCACAUGGAACUGGUGACACAGUUGUAGAGCUUGUGCCAAGCAGUAGCAGCGCAUCAGUGUCAGUGACUGCAGUAUCCUCAUCGACUGUCUGUUUCUCAUCUUCAGAUCCUGUACUAGUGCCAUCUAAUGAUUCAAGGCUUGCUGGCACAGUGGGUACAAUUAAACGUGAAGUAGGGAUCCAGCGAACUCUUGCUGAUACGAAUGCUGUUCCUAAUUCUGAGAAACCAGUUCCAGUAAAGAUUUCGAACAAACCCCAAAGUGGGGGGAAGAGUCAGUUCAGUGAAUCUUCUCAACCCACAUCUGCAUCAGUUCAUACUGGUUCUUCUAUUAGUAGACCAUCCUCUAAUUAUGGCAGCAGGUCACAACAAGUGAUUGGUACUCAAAAAGCUGGUUCUACCAAAGAGUGGAAACCAAAGACUACGAACUCCACUGUAGCCCAGGUUUCUGGUAUAGCUAGCUCGACGGAAGUUCCUAAUGCACCAGUUGAAAGUGUUCCUCAAUCAGUUCCUCAAUCACAGCCAGCUUCAGGAGGUGAUUUGGAUGAUUUAACUUCAAACUUGCAGAAGUUGGAGCUGCCUCUUCCACAGCGACAGCAUGUUAUCAUUCCAAACCAUAUCCAUGUUCCGGAAUCAGAGAGAACCAAGUUGAGCUUUGGAAGCUUUGAUACUAACUUUGGUGAAAACUCAAGUUCUACUAGUGGGCCAGAGAGUGAGAAAAGCUCCACUCCCUUGUCCGAAGCAACACACAGCGUUGAAGAAGCUCUGGAGGAGCCAGCAGCAAGCGCAGCACCUGAUUAUAGUGAGGGCAAGCAAGAAAAUGCGCUGUCUGCUGCCCAUCCUUACUCGGGAGUUCAUGCACCCCCAAGCUAUUUUGGUAUUGUUCAUCCUGUGAUGGGUGGCCAGAUUCCGCAGUUUGAAAACUCGGAAUCUCAACCACGUGAUGUUUCUCGCCUGCCUAGCUUUGUGGUCCAACAGCCAUUUGAUCCAGCAAGUUACUAUGCACAGUUUUAUCGUUCUGGUGCGGAUGGCGAUGGCCGUGUUUCUCCUUUCCCGUCUCCUGGAGUUGCUACCAAGUACAAUGGGAAUGUUGCAGUGUUACCUCCACACACUUCCCAGUCUCCUCAAGAGGGCACAAAUUCAUUGGUCAUGUCUACAGGUGGCCCGACUCCCCUGGCAACUCAAGCUGCUGGGCUAAUGCAGAGCUCGCUUUCCCUGAAUCAACAACCAGUACCAGUGUUCCGUCCACCAACCGGGUUGCACAUGCCCCACUAUCCCCCAAACUACAUUCCCUACGGCCACUACUUCUCUCCAUUCUAUGUUCCACCACCAGGCAUCCAUCAGUUUUUGAGUAAUGGUGCAUUUCCCCAGCAAGCGCAAGCUGGCAAUGUGUUUCCAGGUCCACCAGCAGCAGCUGCAGCCGGGGUCAAAUAUUCACUGCCGCAGUAUAAACCUGGAACUAAUGUGGGGAACUCGACUCACAUUGGAAUGGCGAGCGGCUACGGCCCAUAUGCUUCAGCCCCAGCUGGUUAUAAUCCCGGUUCUCAAGCAGCUGGGGGAAAUACAACUACAAAUGAGGAUCUUGGUGCAUCCCAAUUCAAAGAAAGUAAUGUAUACAUGUCUGGGCAGCAGAGUGAAGGUUCUGCCGUGUGGAUUGCUGCUCCAGGCCGUGACCUGUCAACAAUGCCAGCAAGCUCCUUCUAUAACCUCCCUCCUCAAGGCCAGCACGUGACUUUCGCUCCCACACAGCCUGGCCAUGGACCUUUCGCUGGAAUCUACCACCACCCAGGUCAAGCAGUAACGGCUGCAGGAGUCCAUCACCCACUACUGCAACAGUCUCAAGCCAUGGCUGGUGGAGUCGACAUGGGGGGACCUGCUGCCAAUGUCUACCAGCAGCAGCAGCCUCAGCAUCAACAGGUGAACUGGCCGAGUAACUAUUGAGCUUAAAAGAAACUUACUUUUUGCGGAGUAUUAUAGUUUCAGGGAAGGGGCUGUGGGUGGUCAUUCUUUUGGGAGAACUUAGAUGAGUUUUUAGAGAUCAAGGGAAAAACCAGCAGCAGGAAAGUAUGAACAAGUUAUUUUUCGACUGUGGAGAUCUGACAGUCUGUACAUCCAGAGGAGAGGAAGACUGAAAACAACAAAAGUAGUAUCAAGCUUCUAAUUUUGCUUCUGGGUUGGAAGGGAUGAAAAAUGAAAAAAUAGGGGUGGUUGGGAACUCUUGUAACAGAUUGACCAAUUUUUAAGCUUUAGUUGGGUAGGCAAGAUGUAGUCCCUGCUUCUUCUUCUUCAGAAGCCUGUUCUGUUACCCCUCUCCUUUCCUUCCCUUUGUUUUACUUGUUAUAGUAUUUGAAGAACAGUGUUUAGUUUCUCUCUUCUCCCUAAGAGUUCAGUGUUGAGUUCUCCAUUCUUUUCUGGUAGGGGAUUGGAAGGGGCAAGAUAUAGGUUGGUUGGUUGGUGGGGAAUCUUCUGUUUCCUUUGCUCGUCUCAUUGUUCCUUGUUUUUGUUCCCUUGGUUUUUGAUGUAAAGGUGAAUUUUUGAUAGCAAGAGAAGUUUCAAGUGCUGUUUGAAUGUUAUGAUUUGGCAACUGUUUGUAAAACCAAGGUGAAAAGAUGCGUUUUCUUCAAUGCAUUUUGGUUUUAUUGCAAUUGCCUAUGGCGGUAGCUGGAGAAGGGUUAUAGAAAAAGGAAGAACGGAAACGCUUUCCUCUCUAUGCAAAGAUUUAAACGCGCUCCUUUCUUGUGAAAUAUGCUUGAU